AUGUCUGGACGUGGCAAGCAGGGUGGCAAGGCUCGCGCCAAGGCCAAGACUCGGUCUUCCCGCGCCGGGCUCCAGUUCCCGGUGGGCCGAGUGCACCGCCUCCUCCGCAAGGGGAACUAUGCCGAGCGGGUCGGCGCCGGCGCUCCUGUGUACCUCGCGGCGGUGCUGGAGUAUCUAACCGCCGAGAUCCUGGAGUUGGCGGGGAAUGCGGCCCGAGACAACAAGAAGACGCGCAUCAUCCCCCGCCACCUGCAGCUAGCCAUCCGCAACGACGAGGAGCUCAACAAGCUGCUAGGCAAAGUCACCAUCGCUCAGGGUGGCGUCCUGCCCAACAUCCAGGCCGUGCUGCUGCCUAAGAAGACUGAGAGCCACCACAAAACCAAAUAAAGAGUCAAGGUUGGAAAAGCGGGAAAACAAAGGCUCUUUUCAG